AUGGGCAAGAGAGCUGCUCCAAAGGAGCCCAGCGCCAGCGCCAAGAAGAAAGCCAAGGGUGAAGAGCCCAAAGCGAAAGCGAAAGCCAAGGAUCCUCCAACUCCCAAAGCGAAAGGAAAGGCCAAGGCGCAAGCGAAGGCCGAAGCCAAGGCGGCCCCGGACACGGGAGCACCAGCCGCAGAAAGCGUUGAAGGGAAGCCCGAAACGACUCCGAUGAAGGAAAACGAGCUUGAAGACAGCCUUGCCUUCAUGGAGGAGGGUGAAGAGGAAUUCCCGGACAUUUGUUUUGAGGAGGAGGGUGAUGAGGAGGAGAUGUUGUUAGAUGAUGAGCUGUUGGACCUGGAGUCGGAAGAAGACCUCGACCUCGAGGACGACGAGGAAGAGGAAGAUUCCGACGAGGAUGUUGCCGGUGAAGCGGUCCGUGUCUCCUGUGUCAGCUCGGUGCUGUGGAUGCAGUCCGAGCGAAUCAGGUUGCGUGUGGCAGAGCCGCUGCUGGAAAGGGCUCAAAGCCAGGUUCCAGAAGACAUGCCGCCUGUAGGCCCUUGGUUGCCAAAGUUGCGCCUCCGCCAUGCCGAGCCGUCGGCCCCCGGAAGCGGAUACGUCGGCAGCGAAGAUGCGACCAAGCUGCGGCGGUACAUUGAGGAGUUACUGUCUCGGCUUGAGCGCCCGCUUGCACUGCUUUCGGAGAUGGUCAUGAGCCUCCUGAAGGAAUGUCCUCGAGAUCCGGAGCGAUUCAUGCUGAGGUGGCUCCUCGAGCAGGAGACCUUCGACCGCUGCGGCAUCAACUCGCUGGAGGAUGCAGCAAGGGAGCAGGAAGAGAUCAACGCUCUGCGGCAACAGGUCGCAGAGCUGAAGCGGCAACGGGCUCAGAUGAAGGUGGUAGAGGCUGAUGUGCGCUAUGAGGAACGCAAGAAGCGUGGCUUGCCAACACCGCCAACACUGGACACCAAAACAGUGAAGAAGAUCAAAAACUGCAUUCUUCGAGCUGCGUAUGCCGGAUGGAGUGGUGUCGAUCUCGCCCUUCUCUUCCGGCGAUUAGACAAGGACCGUAGCGGCGAGCUAGAGAUUGAUGAGGUGAAGGCCGCCCUCCGACGCGUGCUGCGGAUUCCGCCCAGUGUAGUCCCAGACUAUCAGAUCCAGUCUUUCUGUGCGAUCAUGGAUACAGACUUCUCUGGAGCAGUGGACAUCGAGGAGCUUGUGGGUUUCAUUCAGGGUGAAGGCUACGACACUUAG